AUGGACAACAGAGUCUACGCAACCGUCCACUUAACAGAUAGAACUCUCCAACUCUACCUAACAAAUAUUUUCAACUGCCUUGCCACUCCUGUCAAUUUUCUAGCAUUUUACCUGAUAAUCAAGCAUUCUAGAAGAGAGACCAAACUAUUCAAGUACACUCUACUAAUCAGUCACUUAUUCUUCUAUGUCUCCAACAUUUUCUAUGGAACCAUUGCGAAUGUGGUUUUACUUUUCCCGUUUCCCGGAAUUUUACUAAUCGGGAUUUUGGAGAACCUACUAAAUGCAUUUUGGUCCGCCGCAAUUUGGAUAUUCUUAUUCGCUGGAUUCGUCUAUUUCACAUUUAUGAUACUGGUGGUUCGGCUGAAAAUCGUUGCGAGAAAGGGAAAAAUCUUUGAUUUUUCGAAUCGGAGUUAUUAUAUUUUUUGUGUUAUAUUGGCUUUAUACAUAAUCGGCCCAAUUAGUGCGAUUUGGAUCAGAUCAUACUGCACGAGGGAUCAGCAAAUAGCUUAUGUUACAGAGCACUUCCCAAAAAAUCUGAUGGUUUUCGAUAAUCCCAGUGUCCACGUGGAUGUGAGUGUAUCCAACCAACGAAUGCUAAUAAUUCUCAUGUUAAUUCUGAUUUUCUCCGGAUUCAUGAUCUACAGUCUACUCUACUUGAUGAUAGUGCUAGAAAUUUCAAAACAAGCUACUUCUAAGAGCUUAAAAACCACAAAUCAUCAGCGCAAGGUGACAAAUUCAAUGGUUUUUCAGAUUUUGAUAGUUGGAACAACAGUUUUUCCAGCAAUUCUUUUACAAAUUAGGAAUGCAUUUGUGGAGCCGGAAGAGGAUACAAGAGUGAUCACCGCCUUGGCCAAUUCGUGUCUUGUGUUCGCCUCGAUUCCUUGCCAACUUUUCAUGAUUUUGCGAAAUUCGUAUUAUCGACAAGUCAUUUUGAAGAAAGGCGGUGGAAACCUCGAAGCGAGUACUUCUGAUCGGAAACAAUCGAUAUUCGUUCAACCGACAAGACGGCACACAACUUUUUAUUGA